UUGACCCGCUGCAGAUCAUUCCGUGACCACAGAGCAUGCUCCUGAGAACCCUGCACCCCUCGAUGGAGUGAAUUCCAUAAGCCUCUUCCUUACCCACGCUUUGGGGUGUUAACAGCUGAGGCUAUUCAUCGGUGACCCGUGGGACACGAGUUAUUCUGCAGCUCAGCGGCCCUCCUAGCCGUGGCAGACUUCUGCGUUAUGACCUGGCUGCUGGGCUACGUGGACCCCCUGGACUCCAGCUUUGUGGCUGCCGUACUCACCAUCGCCUUCAAUCCGCUCUACUGGAAUGUGGUUGCACGAUGGGAACACAAGACCCGCAAGCUAAGCAGGGCCUUCGGGUCCCCCUACCUGGCCUGCUACUCCCUGAGCAUCACCAUCCUGCUCCUGAACGUCCUGCGCUCACACUGCUUCACACAGGCCAUGCUGAGCCAGCCCAAGAUGGAGAGCCUGGACGCGCCCGCGGCCCGCUGCCUGGGCCUCACACUCCUGGGAGUGGGCAUUGUGCUCGUGCUCUCCAGCUCCUUUGCACUGGGGUUCACUGGAACCUUCCUAGGUGAUUACUUCGGGAUCCUCAAGGAGGCGAGAGUGACUGUGUUCCCCUUCAGCGUCCUGGACAACCCCAUGUACUGGGGAAGCACAGCCAACUACCUGGGCUGGGCCCUCCUGCACGCCAGCCCCACAGGCCUGCUGCUGACGGUGCUGGUGGCCCUGACCUACAUGGUGGCCCUCCUGUACGAAGAACCCUUCACUGCUGAGAUCUACCGGCAGAAAGCCUCCGGGGCCCACAAGAGGAGCUGAUGGGGCUGCAGCAGCUUUGCUGGAGGCCUGGCUGGCCCCCCGGCCUGCCCCAAGUGCCAGCCCUGCCAGGGAGAGAAUGGUGCCUGCGCUGCUCAGGGCUCGCCCCGAGCAUGGGCUGCUCCAGUGCCUUGGAACCUGCUGCCUUGGGGACCGUGGACGUGCCACCACGUGGCCAUUGAGUCCCAACCUUGACACAUUCCGACUUACCAAUAAAGGCACUGUGACCCCA